GCUCGGCAUUUCGUGCCUCUAUUUUUAGAAAGUGUCAAAAAGCGAAUAAGGCAGGACUACGUCACGAUGUGUCAUGCAUAUUCGAGGACUCUAGAGCUCCUGUAUUUUCUCUCUCUCUCUCUCCCCCGCUCUGUCCUUCGUACCAUCCUCUUUUGCGUGGCCAUGGCCACCCAGCUGCUUGCAUCCAUCCCAUCCGCAGACCACGUGACCCGUUUCUCCCGUGCCCUUCAGUAGUGCAUUCAGCAUGAUGGCUGCGGAUGCUGCGGAUGCUCUCUGCUGCAUCCUGCAUCCGCACCAGCUUUCUCUCCUCCUUCUCACCGCCACCCUCUCCUCUCUGCCGGCCCCGACAGCGGCGCUGCUUGGCGUCCGACCGGAAGACACCCUGAAGGGAGAGCUGUCCGUGCAGGAUGGGGUUCUGAGGGCGACGGAGGGGACCCGCUUCGUACUGAGGGUUUACUACUCCGCAUUCCCUGCUACGGAGCAUCGCAACAGCCUGAACGUCAGCGGCAGACCGGACGCCGCUCCCGCCGCUCCGUGGAUCGCGUUUAUAGAGGAACCAGGUGGGGAGAGCGGGGAGAAGCGACUCCAGUCCGCGGCGAAUCCCUGCCAAGAGGAGAAUGCCCGGAGUUCGGACAUCGAGCUGCUGGGCUCAUUCAAAUCUUCAUCAAGUCACAACUCAGUGUUGGUGGAACUGCUUGCGAAAGACCUGCGCAGAGGCGAGUCGAUCAAAUACUACUCCAUGUGCGCGUUUGAUGGAGUGAAAUGGGAGCAUUUCAGCACCAAAGACUUUUGGUUGGCGGUGGCGGAGAGACCUCCGGGGGCAGAUGUUUGGCUCCAGGCAGGUGUCUCCGUCCUCUUGUUGGGGCUGUCUGCGCUCUGCAGCGGUCUGAACAUAAGCAUGCUGGCCCUGGACCCCGUGGAGCUGCGGGUCCUGCAAAACAGUGGCACGGACAAGGAGCAGAAAUACGCGCGGAAGAUAGAGUCGGUGCGUAAACACGGAAACUACAUCCUGUGCACCGUGGUGCUUGGCAACGUGCUUACAAAUACCUGCUUUGUGGUGUGGAUGUGUCAGAUUUUAGGGAUGACUGCUCUGUCGACAGCCUCUUGCACUUUGGGUAUAUUCUUCAUCGGCGAGAUUUUACCUCACUCACUGGCGUCCAGGCACAGUCUCGCGAUCGCCUCCAAGACGCUGUGCGCGACCCGCCUGCUGAUGCUGGUUUUUUUCCCCAUCGCCUACCCAGUGUCAAAAAUCCUGGACCUCCUGCUGCACCAAGAGAUCAGCAGCUUCUACACCAGGGAGAAGUUGGUCGCCAUGCUUCGCGUCACAGAUCCGUACCACGACCUGGUCAAAGAGGAGCUCAACAUCAUCCAGGGAGCGCUGGAGCUGAGGACUAAGACCGUGGAAGACGUGCUGACCCCGCUGUCGGACUGCUACAUGAUCUCCUCGGACGCCACGCUGGAUUUCUGCACCAUGUCGGACGUGAUGCAGAGCGGUUUCACCCGGAUUCCAGUCUUCGAGAACGACAGGUCCAACAUCGUGGACAUACUGUUCGUCAAAGACUUGGCCUUCGUGGAUCCAGACGAUUGCACGCCCCUGAAAACAAUUACUCAGUUUUACAAGCAUCCCAUGCACUGCGUGUUCAAUGACACCAAGCUGGACGUGAUGCUGGAGGAAUUUAAGAGAGGCAAGUCCCACCUGGCUGUGGUGCAGCGGGUGAACAGCGAAGGGGAGGGAGACCCCUUCUAUGAAGUGAUGGGCAUCGUCACGCUGGAGGACGUCAUAGAGGAGAUCAUCAAGUCGGAGAUCGUGGAUGAGACGGACCUGUAUACUGAUAAUCGGAACAAAAGACGCGUGUCCAACCACGAGAGGAAAAUGCAGGAUUUUUCUAUCUUCAAACUGGCAGAGAAUGAGUUGAAGGUGAAGAUCUCGCCCCAGUUGCUGCUGGCAACGCACCGCUUCUUGGCAACAGAAGUGGAGCCUUUUAGGCUGUGCCACCUGUCGGAGAAGAUCUUGCUGCGUCUCAUCAAACAUCCCACUAUUGUGCAGGACCUCAAGUUCAACCCCAAGAACAAACACGCUCCUCAACACUACCUCUUCCAGAGACACAAACCCGUGGACUACUUUGUCCUCGUUCUGCAGGGCCGGGUGGAGGUAGAGAUAGGAAAAGAGGCUCUCCGCUUUGAAAAUGGAGCGUUUUCCUAUUAUGGCAUACCAGCACUCAUCUCGCCCUUGCCUAUUGGUCCGAGGUACGGAUCCCGGAGCAGUGGCCUCAACCAAUCAGAUUCCUUCCUGAGUGGCAGCGUGGGACAGCUCUCUACAGGAGGAGGGGUCUACUUACCAGACUACUCUGUCCGACAGCUCACAGACCUGCAGAUCAUUAAGAUCACCAGGAACCACUACCAGAACGCCCUCCUGGCCAGCCGGAUGGACAGCUCCCCUCAGACACCCGACCCGGUGGAUCUCGAUGCUAAAGGGAGGCACCCAGUCCCGGAGGUCCGCUCACACAGCAUCGCUCUCCCCCUGACGCACACUCGCCUAGGGCUGGCACGCCUUGCACAUCUCCAUCCCCACGGUGGCCUUCGCAACACCUCCCAGCUCAAUGAAAGAAACCGGAUCGUCCGAAGUAAAUCCGACGGGCAGAGGAGUCCAAAUGAUACGGUGUUCUUCCGCAUGGAUGAGAUUCCCUACAUCCAUGAGGAUCCGCCAGAAAAUUAUGGGGAGAAUGACGUGCCCACCGACUCUCAACCCUCCACCUCUCCCUUCAUCAGCUCCCCGUCCAGCUCGGAGGAGAACAUCGGGAUGAAACUGUUGCAUAAAUUGAGCAACAAGAUGAGGAAAAAGUCUUGGGAUGGAGAGAAGAGUUUGGAGGAAGGUUCAGAGCAACCACCGGUAACCAGCUAGCAAAGUGUCACUGAGGAGGAGGGAUGAAGCUUCUUACUCCCUCAUCACUGCCUGGUCCUCCUUAUUAGGCGACCAACCCCUCGCUGACCCUCUCCAUGCUGCGGCUGCGCUCCCACUAGAGACGGAGCCAUCUCGUGUGAUCUAGCCACCGGUAACACUCAGGUCCCCACUCUGUCCGUCCUCUGCCUGACCUCACACCCUUAAAGUGAUCGGACGGCUACAAAAGAAAAACCCGCUUGGAGGAAUCCAAACAACACAUUGUUGGACUCAUCCAGCCUUACACUGGACUGCAUGGAGGUUUGGUUUUUCUUUAAAGCAGGGAAACGCUUACUUUAUAUGUAAUGUUAUAUCAUUUAAGCCACCUGGACUCGACCACAUCUCUCAACACGGAACUUCUAGGUCAUUUCUGUGCAAGAUUUCAAAUUUUACCAGACCGACGAAUAUAACAAUUUUUUAUUAUUACUGUUUUAUAAUGAGGCAGUUCCCACAUAAAGAAAAUGUUAUUUGCACAGGGAAUUGUUCUAAUGUUGCCAUAAGUAGUGCUAACAGCACCAGACACACCGGCCAUCGAGCAAAAAGCCACAAGACAAGAGCACAAUUUUUACAUGAAAAAGCCAUACAUUAUUUCUCAGCCUAAAUGGCUACUUAUUAUAUGCUGUGACUAAACUCUCAGCAAGUUGAAAACACAAUUUCUUAGCUGAUUUUUAUACAGAAGUGUCAGAAUUACUGAAAGUAAUUUGUAGAUAGCAGUAUAGCUAAUCUUACAUAACAUUGCUGCCACAUAAAUGCAUAUAUUCAGUAAAUGUGUCCUUCCCACAUGAAUGCAUUUGUCCUAAAUGUGCUCCUAUAAAACAAACACUCUCAAUAAUCUACUUUUUCUCUUGAUGUUAGCACCUCUGAAAGAAAGCGUUGGCCUAUUGUUUCUUUUCCUCCAGUAGAAGGCGAUCCCAUUCAUUCCGUAAGCCAGCACAUCAGCAACUUUCAUAGGUAAAGUUCAUUUACUAACAAUGUGUACAAAAAGUAAGCUUGUGGUUUUGGGGACCCAGGAGGAUCUUAUGGGUGUUCUCUAUAGAAAGAGUUGUUACUACUUGCAUGUUUGUUUAUGCUGCUUUUAGUGUAGAGAUGAAGCCCUGUAGAAAGCCCUGUUUUUCCAUAUGCAUGCUUUAGUAAAGACAUGAAAGAGCAGGAAGAUCUGCAGUAACUUCUCCUCUAAAUGGCAGAAAGUGACUUACUGACAUUUUAUGUGAAUUAAGAUUUUAAAAUGAAUAAAAUUUUUAACUGCUUCAUUUGAGAAAAAGCAAUAAGCAAAGCAUCAAAGCAAGGCUGCAGUUUUCAUGGUGGGGGCUACAGCAUCUUGCUUAUUGAAGAAAACAAUAAAGCAAUUGUUCUAGAAAUGAUCUACUAUCCAAAUAAGAAAAGUAUUAUUGGAUGUGCAGGUCAGGUCGGUCUAAGUAAAAAUCUUGGCAGGUACAUUUCCCAACGGAACCAGAAGAGCAAGACAUGAAAGAGGAAAGCAAUAUGACGCACGCCGACACUGCACCUACGUCAACACACACGCACAAACACACACACACACACACACAGUGACGUACCUCAUUCUGCUUGGUAAGUCCAUGUAAGUACAAAGGACUCUGUACUAAGCAAUUCGCGUUGACCCCUCUAUGUACACAGAACAUGCAACGGGAAGUCUUUUGAUGUGACGACAGACGCGAAACAACAUCAUUUGUGGGAAUCAUAAAGUCUCUGAGCUGAAUGCUUUGAAAGGUUUUGCAGUUGGUUAACACAUAUUUAUAUUAUAUAUAUAUAUAUA